AGCAAGAGCUAGCUAUGACCUCAUCGGCCUUUACGAAACUUGUUGAAUUGAGCUGAACUAAAUAGUUGAACACUAACUAACAAUAAUAAAUUCUAACACGUUCAGCACAAUCCCUACGGAUCUCAUAUCUCCUCAUCCGGCUCAUUGUCGACUAUGAGCAUGGGGAAGAGCUUCAAACUAUCCAGACGAUGAUCCCAAGAUACCCAUGUCUCGGCCCUAGGAGCUUGCCUGGGUUGAGGGGGUUAAGAACCCCGGGCUCAUUCGCGAGACCUAUUCUCACACAACGUUACCAGCCACGAUGGACAUCGGUACCGAGAGCUUGGGAGAGUACUACUACCGGAGAAGGGAAAAGUGGCCAUAUAGAUGCUGCUCCGAAUGAAUCCAUUCUUUGGAUAGACAAUUUAUUCCCCCUUAAACUCUCCGGAUUACUACGAGCACCAUGGAAGAGUUCCGACCUGGACGUGGCCGAGCUUAUGAAGCGAUUUCAGAACUCAACUCUAGGCGCCCUUGACCCUAUGAACAUGGUCAAACGAGCCAUUCCAAAGACUGCCCCAAUUAAUAUUACUGAAAUCCUACCUCGCCUUAAGGACGGUGGAGCUUUUGUGAAGUUCACACAUCCUGCCGAUGUACCUGCCAAGGAGAUUGAGGCAACCAUCUCUAAAUACCUCCAGGAGAAGCCCGUAAGGCCAUUUUUCAGUCCGUUCAGGGGAGUCCGGGCCGGACUAGUUAAUGGUGUUCCCUGGCUAGAAGACCUGCAUAGAUUCCCUAAGGAUAGACUAAGGGUUGAAUUUGUCCCUAAGAAUCCGGGUGAGGAGGCGGUCGAGUUGUCCCAGGAAACCUUGUACAGCUUGUUCCGCCGGUACGGAAAGAUUGCCGACAUCGUCUCACAACCAUGGGAUUCUAAAGUCCUCCCUAAAUACGCCUAUGUUGAUUUUGCAUCCGUUAGAGAUGCUAUCAUGGCCAGGAACUGUCUGCAUGGUUUCGUCGUGCCCGAAGAUCUUGGCGGUGGCAAGUCGGGAACUAGGCUACGCAUGUCCUAUGAACAGCGAGUGCAACCACACCGGUUCUGGGAAUGGAUAUCGAACCAUCCGAGAAUUGUCAUUCCUGUCUUGGUCGCGUUACUAACUGGUCUCACUGUUGUUAUAUUCGAUCCCAUUCGAUCAUUUUUCGUCAAAGCUCACGUCACAGGCCGGUUCCGGCUCAGCAACAGUAAGCUCUAUAGAUGGCUUCGAAGGCGGACUGUUUAUAUCUUAAAUCUCAAGAGAGAAAAAACGGAUCAAGCAGGACUAAAUGCAGUUUGGACUCACAGGAGGGACCUAAUCGACCAGAUUCAGAAAUGGCUACUAGAAACUGCUGGAACUUUCAUCGUCGUUCAGGGACCCCGCGGCUCCGGUAAGAAAGAACUGGUCUUGGACCAAGCCCUAAAGGAGAGAAGCAAUGUUCUAGUCAUCGACUGCAAACCGAUAGUAGAAGCUAGGGGAGAAUCUGGAACGAUCAAGGAGAUGGCGGCGUCUGUUGGUUACCGUCCUUUAUUCUCGUAUGCGAACAGCAUGAGUAGUAUGGUCGAUCUUGCUGUCCAGAGCACAACCGGUGUCAAGGCAGGGUUCUCCGAGACUUUGGAAUCGCAGCUUCAGAAGAUCUUGCAGACAACAGCCGCUGCUCUCACGGACAUUGGUAUCUCGGAUCGUAAUAAGACGGAUUCUGACGCUUCACUCCCUGUCGACGCCUACCUGGAAGCACACCCUGAGAAGCGACCCGUUGUAGUUAUCGACAACUUCCUACAUAAGGGCAGUUCUAACGCCAUUGUUUAUGAUAAGGUGGCCGAAUGGGCUGCUGCUUUAGUCCAAUCUAAUAUUGCUCACGUCAUAUUCCUAACCACCGACUCGUCCUACUCGAAAUACCUAUCCAAAGCUCUUCCCGACCGUGUCUUCCGCCAGACUGCCCUGGGAGAUCUCUCACCCGACAUAGCCAAGCGCUUCAUCCUAAGCCAUAUUACCAACGGAGAGGAGCAGACCGAAGCGAAAGAGGGCUUGAGCGACUCGAGCGAGAAGCAGCCAGCAUGGGCCAGAGUCCUCCCUGACUUGGGAGAACUUGACGAAUGUAUCGGUACUCUAGGCGGCCGUCUCACAGACCUGGAAUUUCUAGCCCGCCGCCUGAAAGCUGGUCAAAGCCCCAAGCAGGCGGUAGAGGAGAUCACGGAACAAUCCGCUUCCGAAAUUCUCAAGUUCUUCCUCCUCCCCGGCAAGACGACCAGCGACGGCGAGCACAAGUGGUCCGUGGAACAGGCCUGGUACCUCGUCAAAGCACUCGCCGGCAACGAUUCCCUACGCUACAACGAAGUCCUCCUGCACAACACCUUCGCAUCCUCGACCUCCGUACCCGACGGAGAAGCCGCGCUCGAAGGCCUCUCCAACGCCGAGCUCAUCACGCUGAAAUGGCGCAACGGCCGCCCUGCUCUAGUCGCUCCCGGAAAACCCGUAUACGCCGCGGCUUUCCGCCUGCUGGCACGCGACCCCGUCCUAGCCGCGAAAAUGGACCUUGCGGUGCUGACAGAGCUCGCCAAAGCCGAGGCCAAGAACAUAGAUAAGGCGGAGACGGAACUCGCGCUGCUAGGUGCCUUGCCCAAGCAGCCGGCGCAGACGGCGGGACGGACGACGUAUUUGCUGGGCAAGAUUGACGCUGCGCAGAGGAAGGUCGAGGCGUAUGAGAGGGAGAUGGGGGUGUUGAAGAAGGUGCUUUGUACUGAGGCUUGAUUGAUGUUGGUGGUGGGUGGAUGGGAUGGAUAGGUGGUUAGGAGGUAAGGGUGUUGUACAUAUGGGUAGUAGCAUGACAUGAUUCCAGUCGAUACCCAGCUCAUUUACUCGGUUAGAGGAGAACAAUCGGUAUAUAUAAAAUAGCAAAUAGCAUUAUAU